UGCCUUUGCUGCAAUCAGUGCUCCACGAACCAACGGACUAAGAAGUAUUUUGAAGUGAAAGAAAUAAGCAAACGGUACAGAAUUUAUGAAUUAAAUGCAAAAAGUAUUGAUUACAUUUCCGAAAAUGUACAGCUUUCAAAUAUGCUUGCUGCUGAUCGUCACGUUGUGUGUCAGUUGGAAUAGUGCGAUUGCUGCCAAAGUGUGCAGUGCAGAGAGAGAUGAGUGGACGUGUAAGGCCGGCGGCUGUAUUGCAACAGAAUAUCUGUGCGAUGGCAUCCGGCACUGCAUCGAUGGUUCCGAUGAGACGAAAGCAUCUUGCAAAUCGAUGCAAUGCUCAUUUGCUUCAUUUCGAUGUGAUUAUGGUGCAUGCAUAUCACUCGAAUUGCUGUGUGAUGGUGUUCACGAUUGUGCCGAUUCAUCGGAUGAGGACAGUGAGAGGUGUCGCAAACGACGCAAUGAGUUACCGAACGAUGAGGUAGAUGAGGAAACAAAACGCAAGAAUUGUAUUGGUUGGGGGCAAAUGAAGUGUUGGUCGGGCCAGUGUGUCAGCAUCACUGACAAAUGUGAUGGUGUACAGGACUGUGAUGAUGGUAGUGAUGAGCUGACUUCUUUGUGCCAAACGGUAUUGUGUAAACAACAUCAGUUCCAAUGCGGUUAUGGCGCUUGUUUGCCCAUGGAAGCCAAAUGUAAUGGAACAAAGGAAUGCUGGGAUGGUACCGACGAGCACGAGGGACUUUGCAUAAAGGAAAUUGCUACCAUAUCAACACCCACAACCAGAAUAAAAUCAAACGAAGUUACGGAAUCGACUCAACAAGGCGUGCUGCCAACGGUUAAGACCAAACCAAACAUAUCAACGGAGCUUGCAAAUACGCGGAAAACUACUACAACUAUUUUAGACUAUUCGACAGAUUUUGAAGUCACUGAAACUUCCGAAAAAGAUUUAACAACCAUACCUGAAGUUACAACUACGAGCACACAAACAACAACGAAUCGACCUGUUACCAAUACUGAGGACGCAGAAACCUUGGAAACUCAUUUCAAUGGCUCGUCUUCAGAACGACCUCACCUGACAACUACAAGCAUAAAUGAAAUUAUAAUUACACAAAAGACAACAACUUCUAAACCGCUUAUCAAACCGGCCCUAAAAGCAAAUGUAACAAGGAACUACUCAGAGAAAAACACGCAAAUAACAACACCGAUAAUUCGAGAAACAACAACUGCAAUUUAUGUAUCAAAGCAAACUGAUAGUAGUGACACUAACGAUCAAGAAGUGGGUGGACAAAUUGAGAGACUACCUAACGGUCCGGUUUAUCAUAGUAAUAAAACAUUAAAUGCCACGGAAAAAUCCCGUAAUACCAACUACCCUGGAGGUAUAACCACAAUCACGGAAUUGAAAAAAGACAAAUCAAAAGCGGAAGAAAACAAUGAAGAAUUCAAAAACCGCUCGAACAGCACGCCUUCAGAACGAACUCAAGUCAUAACUACAAAUGAGAACGAAACUAUGAACCCACGUAAAACAUCAGUUCAUUCACCAGCUGCAGCGACUUCAGCGGAAAGUUUCGGUUCCGAUCAAACUCUUAAGAAACUCUCUGGGCCGACUACGAAAGAAACUGUAACAAAAACGCCAAAAAUUGGAAGCACAAUAAAAACUCCACCGAUUAAAAAAAAUCAAACAUUUCCCCUUGGCAUUCGAAAUAGUACGCCAACAGAGCAGCCUAAAGGUAAUGGAAAUAAUGGACAAGAAGUCAGGCAGAUCCAGAAUCAACCUGCCAUAUCGCAAACCACCUUAUAUACUCGAAAUGUGACAACACAAACACCCAAUCUCAAAACAAAUUUAAGUUCGAGUCCUAACAAUUCUAAUGAAUCUAAUUUCAGUGUUCAAAGCCCUAUAAAGUCACGAGCAGACACUGGCGUACUGACUACAAGUCCAGUUUCGCAUGUUUAUAAAAUAUUAAAUGCGACAGAAAACCCCCGCAAUGUAAACUAUCCAGGAAGUAUAAACAAAACUUUCACAAAUCAGUACAACACGAGAAAAACAAAACCACCUACUACCACCAAUAAAGCAACCACUAAAGCCAGGAAUCAAUGUACUUUACGCAAGUGUAAUUAUCCACUCAUUUGUAACGUUUUAUUACCAGGCUCCCAAGAUUCUGGAAAAUUACAUGAUAAGCAGGCGCGACAAUCCCUCUUCGAGGGAUCAGAGGUUGUUUUCAACUGUGCCGAUGGUUAUGUUUUAGAAGGUGUAAACCGUACAACAUGCAAAGGCAACGGCUGGGGCCAUAAAAUUCCAAGUUGCACUCCAUCCUGUGAAGCAGACUUCAAAUUCCGCUGCACACCUCCACUGAAAUGUGUGUAUGAGGAACCCAACAUUAGAACAAAAAAAAUGACAAAACACGUCAUAAGGAAUAAUUUUACAGAUACUGUAGUUAGAGAACAUUUUAAACUUAGUUUCGAAUGCGAUGCGGGUUAUCUCAUAGAAGGUUCGAAAAUAAGGAUAUGUACAGCAAAGGGCUGGUCAAAUGUGAUGCCUAGAUGUGUCAAUCAAUGCGAUGUAUUAGAUUUGGGAAACCCGAAGUGGCCGCUUAAGUGCCAAAAGUUUAACUCAAAUACAAGACUUACAAAUAACUGCCAAUAUUCACCUUGGAAUAGGAUGGUGAGAGAAGGCUCUUAUUUUGAAUAUAGCUGCGAAUAUGGAUACAAUCUGAAUGGAGUGAAUCGUUCAACCUGCUUGAAUGAUGGCUGGAGUAGUAAUGCACCUACUUGUAUUCCCUGGUGCGAUUUAAAACCUAUCCGUCCGUGUAAAUCACCGUUAAUCUGUAAUGAAAACCCAAACCGGCCUAGUUAUUUCUUCAGCAUCAUCAAUACGGCUCACGCAGCCACCUCGGAAUUAACUGUAGACUUUUCUUGUGAAUUUGGUUAUGAACUAGUUGGUGCGAAGGUCAUCACAUGUUCGAAAGGUGGAUGGAGUCAUAGCAUUCCUACUUGCAAGAAAAUUUAUUGUGAUGCUAGUAUAUUGGACGACUGCACUUUUCCGUUAAUGUGUUGGCGGUAUGACUUUGUCACGGAAGGGUAUACGAGAAUCUACAAAGGAAGCGUGCAGCAAUUAUCUCCAGAUGAACAUUUAUUAAUUACGUGUGAAAAUGGCUAUAAUUUAUCAGGCGAAGAUUAUUUAACUUGUAAUGGAGGCAAAUGGUAUGGCACUAUGCCUAAAUGUAUCGCAACAUGCAGAGAGGAUUUGUUACCUAAAUGCGAAAAUCCAAUGACUUGCACUGCUUACAAUUACUAUGCAGGAUCUAGCCAAGCCAUAAUUAAUAACUACGAGUAUAGUAGCAGUUAUAGAACGUAUCCCCAAGGCACUACGGUAGUUUUCAAUUGCGCUUAUGGCCACAUGUUAAAUGGCGCCAGAACAACAACCUGUGACAUCUAUGGUUGGAGAUACGAAAACGGAAUGUACAAUCCUGAAUGUCAGCGAAUCUCUAACACUUGUGACAAAGGAAUACUGUAUAACUGCACUUAUCCAUUAAUUUGUGAGCAAUUUGAUCCCGAGUUCGGGGAUUAUAAAAAAAUACAAAUAUCCGCCCACCAGAAAUCAAUUUCUAAUGGGGAACAUAUAAGAUUCAGUUGUGAAAAUGGUUAUGUGUUGGAUGGCAGAAACACUUUAACUUGCACGGGAGGCAAAUGGGACGACUACAUGCCCAAAUGUAUUGAUACUCGUCAUAAUAUUUUUCCAACAGUACAUUCCUGCAGAGCUGAUUUACUACCCGCGUGCAAAUACCCAUUAACUUGCACGCGUUACGACUCCAAGUUCAAAUCCGAGCAGACAAUAAUUGAUAACAGUAUUAAUGAGUCCGCAAAUUAUGCUCUAAAUACUCAGAUUGUUUUCGGUUGUGCUGAAGACUUUAAGUUGAAAGGCGAAGAGCAAACCACUUGUAGUGCGAACGGUUGGAGUCAUCAGCAAAGUCUUAAACUACCGCUAUGCGUGCGCAUUUCUCCAUGUGAUCCCGAUAUUUUUAAAAGUUGUAAACCACCAGUCGUUUGUCAAUAUUAUGAGCCGAACAAGGAUAAUUGGUCAAUGGUACAGAGCAAUUUCCUUAUAAAUUAUGUUGCUAAAAACUCGAUUGUAAGCAUCGUUUGUGAAAACGGUUUCAAGCUUCAAGGGGCCGAUUAUAUAUAUUAUAUAUAUUGUAAAUCGAAGGGAUGGGAUAAUCCUAUACCUAAGUGCGUGCGUGCCUAAUAAAUUGAUGAUAAUUAUUUAUGCAGAAACUUCUUUUAUUUUAUUAUAUAUGCGUAUACAACAUUUUAUACUUGCGCAAGGAUCAAAGCUGGGGAAAUACCUGAUACGUGAUAGCAAAAUUUUAUUUUGAAAAUAUUACGAAAUAAGUCAAGAUGCACCAUUUGAAGAAAUCGCGAAUUAAAUUUCGUUUGGUACCUUAUUUGUACUUCAGGUCGUGGACUCACUAUGUUUUAUAAAGUUUCCGAAAUAUUUAUAUUAAAAUCAACCAAAUUAACCCAAAUGAAA